AUGGCUGGUAAACCACUUUCCAGGUUGGGAGGAAAGAAGGAUGAAACAACAGCAAUACUAAUAUUUCUGCUAGCACGUUUUGCGAAAAUCCAUCGUUCGGCGGAGGAGCGUUUCAACACGUUGAGAGGUGAAGGACACACACUUGAAGUCUUGGAAUGCCGAUUUCAGAGAGAAUUACAACUCCAUGCGAGCCUUCGUACCAAUGCCGCACAAAUCUCCAAAGCUGUUCUAAACCUUAUUCAACAGGCUCGAGCGACUGAGUUUUCUAGGGCUGAUAACUUACCUACUCCGGAGAAGUUACAAUUGCCUCGAUCUGAGGUUCGAUCCACGAGAGCUAGAGCAUCUUUAUUGACGAUUUCCAAGCCUAGAUUGAUUGUUGAAUUGAAGGUCAAGGAUGGGUGUUUUGAGCCGACAGUGGUACAAUAUCCUUCUAUUAGUGCCUCUUCGCACACGCCGACAGGAUACGUAAAGUGGCAAAUCAACAAAUCUAGAGCGCCAGUGUCAGCUGAAAUACCUACAGUUGUAUGUCCCGAGACUUUGGAAUAUAAGGGUGAAAAUCUAGAUCGGAAUCAGUUGUAUUAUAAUGAGCUUGCGCGUAGGGUGGGUACCAAGGAAGUCAUCGAGACACGAAUCAGCAAUGCAUUGAAGCACGGCUCAGAUAGAGAGGAAGCAACUAGAAGAGAACAUUCAUAUGCGGAGUCUCAAAUUUGCAUAUUAAUUGCAAAUUACGAAGCCCGAGAAGAAGAAGAAGAAUCGGAAGAGGAAUGA